UUCUGCGUAAAAUGGUACAGCCCGUAAGGUUACCGGAAGUUGUUUCAGCUGCCAUGUUUGGUUGCUUUGUUGUAGGCUUCCACUAGGUUUCCUCCAGAAUCACUAAGUGGAAAUGGAGCCGAGCUGGAGUACGUUUCUUUUCCAACAGGCCAAUGAAGCCCUCCACCACCAGCACCAGGUGGCCCAGAACAGCCUACUGCCUCUUCUUAACGCAGGGAGCGAACCAAUCGACCAAAAGCCUAUUCUGCCCAUCCAACUCGAACAGAAAGCCCCCCCCAAUGCUGCAGAUCUCCUCAAAGACAAUGUGGCGGGGGGAGGAGGCGCACGGCCGUUGCUUGGAAUAAAGAAGGAGCACAAAGGCAAAACACCCUUCGUUUGUGGAUACUGCAACAAGGCCUUCCGUGACAGCUACCACCUCCGACGCCAUGAGUCCAGCCACACGGGUAUCAAAAUGGUGUCACGGCCAAAGAAGACUGCCCAGACGGCCCCCACCAUGGUCCCAAUGAUCUCCACCAUGACACGAGAGAACAAUGGCAACGCUUCCUACAUCUCCACAGCGGCGGGCAUCCUCUCCACAGCAACCACGUCCGUUUCUUCGGGCGCAGGCAUCAUGGCAUCGUCCGCAAUGGGCAACAUACAACAGCAGGCUGUCCCCAAGAAACCUGCCAAGCCUGUCAAGAAAAACCAUGGGUGUGAGAUGUGCGGCAAAGCCUUCCGUGAUGUUUACCACCUGAACCGCCACAAGCUCUCCCAUUCGGAUGAAAAGCCCUUCGAGUGCCCUAUCUGCCAUCAGCGCUUCAAAAGGAAGGACCGCAUGACCUACCACGUUCGCUCUCAUGAUGGUGGGGUCCAUAAGCCCUACGUGUGCUCCGUCUGUGGGAAAGGCUUUUCCAGACCAGACCACUUGAGUUGCCACGUGAAGCACGUUCAUUCUUCCGAACGACCGUUCAAAUGUCAAGUGACGGCGUGCACCUCUGCUUUUGCCACCAAAGACCGGCUGCGUUCUCACAUGAUCAGACAUGAGGGCAAGGUGACGUGCAGCAUCUGUGGGAAGAUGCUGAGUGCGGCGUACAUCACCAGCCAUCUGAAGACUCACGGACAGAGCAACUUCAGCGCUUGCAACAAAGACGGCAGCGAGGUCUGCAACUCGGCCUCCGCCACCCCGGUGACCGUCACGGCUCCCAUCACCACGGCGCUGAACCGCGGCAACCCCAACAACAACGCCGUCACCAUUAGCGCCAACACGGUCAACAUCACCUCGCCGGUCAGCCUUCAGCACCCGGUCACCAUCACCGGGCCCGUCAACAUCACCUCCGUCAACAUCCCCGCCACCGCGCCCAUGAACAUCGCCCACCCGGUGGCCAUCACCACCCCCAUGCCAAUGAAUAUCGCCGGCCCGCUCAAUAUUGCCAUGAGACCGGUGGACAGCAUGCCUUUCCUGUCCCAGGUCUUGCCGUCUUCUCCACCUUGGUAGAUGUGAGAAGAAAAGGAAGCUUAGACUCCUCACCAGUCGCCCCCCCGUGGAGUGGACGUGGAUGCUUUGCGGCAGGGGCCACCCUCCAAGCCACCCGAGAAGACUUGAGUAGAACCCCAGGAGGACUGACCUUGACGUGGGGACAGGCGUAGGAAGUAGCGUAGUUGCUUGGAGGGACGAAACUGUGACGUGUGGCACCACGGGGGAGGAGGUGCUUGUUGUUAACUCUAGCCUGCUAAUCAUCUUUCACGUAGGAAUAGUACUAAGGGACAGAUAGUAGUUACUACACUCUUCAGGUACUGCUAACGUGUACUUUAUCAUGACAUAGUAAUGUAUUUUUACCUCCCCUUGACUCUGAAAUCUUUCUAUUUUUAUAUUUGUGUUGUUUAUUUGUUGAAUGCCAGCUUUCAUCACUCUCCCCCCACCUGCACUGAGCACACGCAGCAGUAUUACUACAGUACCCACGGUACCCACUGACACUAUGGGGCCACCUAGUGGCUGACUGGGGAAACUUCCUCAUCUUUUUUUAUCCUUUGUGUCCUUUUGCCCCCAAAAGACUCAGGAAAGACGCAUGGUAAAGGAAUGUGUUCGGCACAUCUUCAUUCUGGGAUUCCUUCUGUUACCUUGGACAAAGCUACUUGAUGUCAGCUUCCCUUUGGAGUGCCGUCCACACGACUUCCUCUUGACUGGCACACGUACGCCACCCUGGAGGGGGAGAGAAACCUUGUGAGAUCAGGAGAAGGUUUGCAAAUGUCUCCUUUGAGAGUGAGCAACAUUUUGAGAAGCAUCCUGACAAAGUUUAGCCAAAACUUUCCAGAGAAACUUUUACAAGAUCCUGAAAAGGUUUCUCUAGAAAUGUCCUGAGAAGUAAGAUAAGACUUUCAGUCCCACAAGGGUAGCUUUCUUUGCUUCUGGUCUCCGGGGUUCUAUCUUCAUGAUGGCAUUCCACUUUGAGGUUGGCCUGAAUUGUCGAAGCUCAAGCGUGUUUGAUGGGAAGGUGGUUCAUGCAAGUGGAGACCUGUGGAAAGAACCUGGCCGUGUUGGGUUAGUUCCCGUUGGUCAGCAUCUGACUGCGUUUCAAAGUUGAUAUGCGGUGCGAGUGUGACAUGAGGAGACCCCGUCCCGUUGGAGAAGAAGUCUUUUCAAGUGCUUCUCCAGAGGCUGAAGAUCAAUCACCUCCAAGGUGCUGGAGACCAAGGCUCAACAAAACCAGGAUCUCACAAAACCUUCUCAGGAUGACUUUUUGUGUUGUUUGAAAUGCUGACCCGUUAGGCGUCUGUACAUGUUGGUGGCACGGGAACAUGAAGAGCAGAACAAGUGUGGUCUGGUAGAGCUCGCAUGUUCCUCUUUCACAGCAUCCCAAGCGGACUGAAACCAAGAUGGGUGAUGUUUACACGCCCUAACAUUGACAGCCAACCGGACUUCCAUCAGGGACGCAUUACAAGCAUAACCGUCCAUGAGAUGAGCAUGUGCUGGACAACGGCGUAUCUACUGUCCGUGUACGUUUGAGAUCUUUUCAGUAGAAAAACAUCAGUCUCAGGCGGCAGAGAGGCUGAGACUGCAUGAGUCCAAACACUAGGUCUGCCUUUUAUUUUGAACAAUGCCUUGUUGUCUCGACAGUGUUGCAAAACAUAUGCAUGACUGUCCUUUUGGGAAGAAAAUAGUGUAUUUUUUCUUACUGUAUGAUGUAGACACUAUAAAUAGCUCUGUUGCCAAAUGUGAUGAAGAAUAAUGUGACGAACUGAGCAUUUCCUGUUGAACUCAACACUCUUCAGUUGAAGCAGUUGAAUGUAUAGCUUUGUACAAAACUAUUUUAGCUCUGAGGGUAUGCUAGUGAAGAUAGACCUGAAGGAUAAAACAACACUUUUUUAAUAAAAACAUUUUGUAUUAGAAGAUUAACAUUGGUCAUUUUGUAUAUAGAAGAAAAGUGGUUAGCAGAACGCUGAAACAUUCCUGCAUUUUUUUCAAUGUAUGCCAGAUGUAUGUCAGAUGAUUCCAUGGACACGCAAUGUUAUGUGCCUUUUAUUUGGUUUGUCUAA